CAGCGACAAUGAAAUGUCAAAAAUCAAAAUGGCUCUCAUCACCAUUGUUUACUUUGAGUUUUCUACGUAAAUAUGUAGAAAGGCUAUGUGUUUUACAAAAAGAAUAGUGUUUUAAUGCGAUAAUGUUGCACAACAGCGGUCCGUAUGGGCCGCCGGAUACGCCCGUAAACAUGGGUGCGCCAUUAAACAUGUCACAACUAAAUGGCCUAAAUUUAGUGAAUAAUUUGGGUAAAAUAUCGCAAGAUGCGCCUCAUGCGGCCGCCGAACAUUACACCCACACGAGCUACCCUCACUACGGAUCGUCCACUUUAAAUAUGAGCUCCCAAAUCAACCAGUUCGCCAAUUAUCAUAACCCAGGUGUCCAUUCCAAUUUUUCGAUCCAGAAUUCGCCUUUAAUAGAAAACUCGCCGUGGCAUAGUGGUAUGUUAUCGAUGAAUCUGAACUUGCAACACGAACACAACACGAAUAUGUUGAACUUCCAUCAAAAUUACGACAAAAAAUCUCAUGGUAUGCAUGAAAGUUGUCACAAUGGUUUGCCCCUGAACGUUCCUCAACUCCACUCUAAAGAUUACUUCAGACACAGCAUGAACUACGACAACAGCCACUACAACGUCAGUUCCAAACCUACCGAAAAUAAUUUAAGUGUUAAAAAUACUGAAAGGUCACAACUCGACAACACAAGACGCAGGAGCCUUGAAAAUACAGUGAAGCUCAUAGAGAAUAUACUUUUAAACACUACAGCAAAGAGUAGAGAGCAGGCAGACCCACCAGCACCUGCACCUGCAAUGGAUUUCCCCAAACAGGACAAACCUAUCCAACCAAUACCAACAAUAGAACCCCAAAAACAACAGGAUGAUGAUUUAAAUGAAAUUAUUGAUAUGACAGAACGCAACAUGAAAUCGUUUUACGAUAAGGAUACAAGAGACUCUAGCCAAGAUACGUACCAAAGUACACAGGACUCUCAGUACAAAGUGGAAGAGAGUCAGGAAUCAACCAGUAACAUGUCAAAAGACACAGAGCUUAAGGAAAGUAUGUCUGAAGAAGGCUCCACGGAGGAUGAGUUUGAUAGAACUGUGGAGAUCAAAGAGGAACAGCCAAGUUGGACAAUCACAGACUAUUCUAACCCAUUUGCUAAGGAUCAGCAUGCAGUGCAGAGGGAUGAUGUUGGUGGUGUGGUGAUUGCUGAUGCGGAGACCAGUGUUAAGGACGCUACAGAAGCUCUGAAGAAUGGCUCAAAACACGAAUACUACGAGUGUCCACACUGCAACCUCCUACUCCGCCAUCCGAAACGGUUCCUCAUCCAUGCCAAGUGGCACACGUUUGGCAUUAACAAGAAAGCCGAGCUGGCGCGCCAGAGGGAGCUGAGGAAGAAGGAGAAGGGAGAGAAGGACAAGUCCGUCCCCGAGGAGUUUUCUUGCAAGGACUGCGAUAAAAUAUUUAAUACGAAGACCAGUUUGAAGAAUCAUCGGCAUAGGACGCACUCGAGCCGCGCGCUGGAGCGGCGGCCGGCGCGGCCGCGGCCCGCCCCCGCCGUGCCCUACCAGUGCUCGGAGUGUCCCAAGAGAUUCAAGUACAAACACUCGCUCGACAAGCACAGGGACACGCAUCUGGAAAAGACUCACGCAUGUGCGGAAUGUCCGAAAAAGUUCGGCUCACCAACCCUACUGAAGAUGCACAUGAAAUCCCACGAGAGAGCGUCCCGAGGUCCCACACUCAGCUGCUCCUAUUGUGGGAAGGGAUACUACGAAUCCUACACGCUACAGGUCCACGAACGCACCCACAGAAACGAGCGUCCGUUCUCGUGCGAGAUCUGUAACAGCACCUUCGGAUGCAACUCCAGUCUCAGACGGCACAUGAGAGUGUCGCACAGCACGUCGAAGCCGCACGAGUGCGCGGUGUGUCACCGCAACUUCGCCACGGAGUCCAUCCGCGACCGCCACCAGCUCCGCGCCCACAGCAACCCGGAGGACUUCAAGUUCAUCUGCAAGCAGUGCCCGAGCAGAUAUUUCAAACUGAAAGAUCUACAAAGACACAUAUGUAAAGUGCACCCGAAAGGUAAGAGUAGAAGCAGGACCAAGGAAGAAGACGAUUGAGACCCAAAUGAAAAUAUAACGGAAAUUUAACGUUGACAAACAGCGGCUCCGCUCGAAACAAAUAGAGAUAAAAAAUGUUCGUACAGCGACAGAGUUGGGCCGCGCCGUGGGGCCCAUGACCCCCCGAGAACUGUCCAUUAUGUUAAUCACAAUUUUAACAGCGACAAUAGGCGGAUCAUGAUUAGGCUUAUCAUUAAAUAAGACACAAAAUCCAGGGGUUUUAGUGGCAAUAUAAUGUUUGAAUACUUUUGUAAUUGAAUAUACAUAUUUUUUAUUUCUGAGAUGUGUACGUAAGUUGAAAAACGAGUUUUCUGAUAUAGUCAUGCCAGAUUUUACCUUUUAAAGUUCUGGAGAACUAACAAACAGGAAACCGGAAAAACCAAAACAGACAGUUCUUCCAAUUGACCAUGUACAACAUUUUUUAUCUUGUAGAAACUAUAUUAUAUUUAGGAUCUAAAACUUGAGAUAAGAUAUUUCUAAGCUUUUGUUGUGGUGGAAGGCAUUACGGGGAAGAGGGGCUUGCCAUGGGUAUCAGGUAUUAUUUAAAACUUAAGACACUAUUUUUAUUCAAAUAACUCGGGUUGAAAUGAAAAAAAUGUAUUAAACGUUUUGGAGGUCCAUUAAGGGGCGAUUUAAUUCGGCCCCUAAAAAUAAUUACUGUAAAAGAAGCGGCUUGUUUCAAAUUGGUCAAUGUCAUGCCAACAUAGUAAGAGUUGAUUUUAGUUUAUGAAAUACAGAUCACUUAAUAUGUCCGAACUGCUUGAAUAAUAUGCGUAUCGAGAAAUUUCAUCUUGCAGCAACAUUUGAAGUGCUUUAAAAUUUAAAAAGCCGCUCUUAAAAAAACUUUCCUUUCCGCAAAUUAGACAAAAAGCCCCUCUAAACAACCUCGCAAAAUUCAUUUCAUUAAAUAUUUAGAAUCGACUCAAAAUUAGUCAAUUUCCAAAAUACUUUAUUUAAUUUUAAAGUAGUUCAAUUUACAGAAACACUCCUUUUGAAAUUAUCGUAAGUAUAGAUAUAAAUAUAUUAGUACAGAAAUUAAUUAUUGAUGUUAUUAUAGUUAUCAGUGGUUGUAGUGUAGGGGCGGAAGCUGUUUGUUAGGGGCACCGGAUGUACACCAUAUUUUCGCAUUAUUUGUAAAUGUGUGUUGAUCAAAGUUAUAUUGCUUUCUUUCAUGCGAAAUAGCUAAUAGUUCUUCACUGACUUCGUUACGCUGAAGCCCUUGCCAGUUAAAUAAUGCACGAUACUUUACUUAACAAGCCCUAGGUUUAUCAAAGUGCCCCUAAUGUAUCAGCAAGGCAACGAUGCUAAAGCCACUGUUAUUAAUAGUUGUUAGUUGUAAUAAUGUAACAUAUCUUUUUUCUCUUUUACGCUAAAUUAGAAUUUUAUUUUAACUUAAGUGCUUUCUUUGAAGGCGCUUUUAAAAUAGCUAUUUCUUGUGUUAUUGCAUAAUUUAUGUUCGUAAACACUUUUUCUGGGACAUAUUUUUUUAUAUUUGCUUUAAAACUAUCUUUUUUUAGCUUGUUUUAACUAUCGAACCUCCUAAUAUGUUACUCACAAGCUACGAGAUUUUGAUGAGACAUAACAAUAGUAAUAUGUUUUUUUUUAAAUGAUUACUUUAUCACUCAUGGUGGGAACAUGGCCUUUGUAUGUAACAAAAGCGCCUUCAAAUAACCUCUUUUGAUCCAUUAUUGUGCACGUGAUCAUCCAUUUAAUUGUUAAGGACAGGGAUGUAUUCAAAGCGAAAGCAAGUGUGGUGGACCCCCACGCAAAAAAGGACUACAUGUCUGUAGUCGAAAAUAGAACAUAAAAAUGGAUGAUUCGUAUUAAUUCGAUUUUUAAUAUCUUAAAAAAAUUAUGUAUAAAUUGUAUAUAUUUUUGAAAGUUUAUUAUAGUUGUUACAAUUGCGUUAUAUAAGACAAUGCGAACGAAACCACGUGGUAACACAUUAUUUCAGUUUUUGACGUGUUAUCUGUCCUCCCCACUAAGGUAACGGUAAUUAUACGGACGCGUUUAAAGUUUUCACAUAAAGAAACUUUGUCCAGGAAUAUUUCAAGACUAUAACAUUUGUAUUUACCAUUGUUUUAGGGGGUAGGGCAGUAUUUUCUCUAAGCAAAACGAUAAAGGGAUAAAAUCUACAUGAUUCCUAAAAUUGUAUGUACUUUGUGUACAGAUCAAGAUUAUUUUACAUGAUGUAAUAAUAAAAACGACAUAGAUUGUCCUUUUAAACGGUGAAUUUUAAGAUGUACUCUAAGGCAUUGGCUCAUAAACGUCAAAUCAUAUAACUCGCAACAGACCCUUAUUAUUUGUGACGAUUUAAACGCAUAGAAUUUACGUCUUCUUGAUCAAGCCAGAUCAAAAUUAAAGUUUGUAACUGUGAUGGGUGGAUUAAAAUAAAAUGUCCCCUAGAGCCAUACAUGCAGGGUACAUCUUAUAUUAUACCACAAGUGUAGUAACCUCGUAUAUUUGUAAAAUUAUUUUAUCAAAUUUAUAGUUGUUGGAUGUUAAAAUUAGAUAAAAUUAGUGAUACUGCUGGUGGAAAAAAUUAAGCACGUAAAAUAAUUUGUAACAUUGAUAUAAGAUGACAAAAAUAAAAGAUUGAGGGCCAAAACUCGGAAGCAAGUAAAACCAUUUUCAAAUUAAAACGAAUAACUACAAAUAUUUCUGUAAAUGUGAAAGAUUUUGAUGUGAUAUGAAAGGAUGAAAAAAACUAAAUAUAAUAUAACAAUUACCCCUUCAUACAUUUUGUAGAAAGUGCGCGGCAUGUAUUUAGUGUUUUCGUACUUUGAUUAUUAUGGUUUAGUUGUUUUGACACAUCGACGACCUCUAUUAGAAAAUAGCAAACUUGAAGCGUUCUAUAAAUUUUACGACUAUUUCAUACUAUAACAGUAGACACAUAAUGCUCGUAAAUAUGUAAACAACACAUAGCAGUUACUUGUUUUGCUGCGUUCCAAAAUAAAAACUUGUUACCAUAAUUAUAUCGGUCAUAGUUUUUCCAACAGUCAAUUUACGUUAAGAAAGUAAUGAUUUUUGUUAAGUGUAGUGAUUUCAUGAUUUUUUUUAUUAAACCUCCCUUUUUACAUCAUGUCAAACUUUAACGUAUUUUCUUUAAGUCAAAGAUGUGUCAUACAUGAUGGAAUGUUGUGAAAUGACGAUUUGUAGAAUUAUAACUAAGAAAUAAAAUAGGGGACAUAAUAUGACCCCCACAAACUACUGCCAAGUCCGUUUCUGACUUCAAAUGUUUAUUGAAAGUUAUUUAACUUUGUACAGAAGCGAUAGUUAUUGUACAUAAGUAAAUAUAUUAUGGUUUAACCGGAUUUUUAACCAUAGAACGAUUCGUCAAAGAAAUGUUACUUAUUUAAAGAUAGGCUGUAGUUAGUGAUGUCGUAAUGCGCUAAAAAUGUCUACAGACUACCAAAGAUUAAAGUUUUAUUUGGUCGUAUUUUACUAGUUAUUAAUGUAUGUAGCCGAAAUUCCACAGCUACAAAACGUUUUUCGGUCAAAAUACUAAACGGAACUCACUCUACGCUAGAAAAGGGGUCGCAAAGUAUAACUUUGGCAAUACUAAAUACGCCUAUCCAUUGUACCAUCUUUAAACCCAUAUGAACUCGAAAUACUUUUUAUAAAAAUACAUUAAAUUGUUUUUUUUUUAUUAUUUUAUAAUUGUAUAGUUAUUUGUUGCGUAAAGAUUAUAAAUUUAUUUUAAUUUGAUAAAAUGUAAAAUAUUUCAAAUGAAAUUAAAUUAGGUUUGGAUCUUAUUGAAGAAUACAGUGAUGAUUUAUUUUUGUAUUUAUAAGGCCAGGGGUGUAGUCAAGAUUUUAGAUUGGUGGUUAAAGGCGGAUUUUAUUUUUAAAUACCCACUAAUCCAAAAAUUUAAACAGCAGAUAAAUCCUAAUUCCAGGCUUGAUACGCAUGUUUCAUAUAAAAAGAAUAUUUAAAAGGGUAUCAGUCACAAUCGAUGCCAUACAUUUUUGUAUCUUAAAAUGAAAACACUGCCUAAUAAAGUAGCCACACAUCAAUUAUUGUUUUUAUAGAUAAUGUAGGAUGUGGUUAUGAGGACCCGUUUGCUCUUUGUCCUUUAGACUAUAAUGCCCAUCGUCGACGAAGUGGGCCGAGUCGCAUUAUUUUGAUAUAUUUACCAUAAAACUGAGUUCAAGAAAUGCAAAGCCCAUUCACCGCCAACACAAAAUAAUUAAGAUUCAAUUUUCCUCCAAUUGGACGCCGCGCAUUACAUCCACCUUCUUUGACCAAUCUUAUAAUGUGGACGUGGGUGAUAGAAGCAGUAUAUUUUUGUUUUUGGUAUGGUGUCUUCGCAGCUGACUUUGCAUUUGAGUAAUAGCUGCGGGAUUACUGGGGUGCAUAUACGGCGCUGAUGUGUUUUUUAUUGUUAUAUACUUUACCACAUCCAGAGGUAUUAAAUCCACUGUAAACAAGUCUUAACAAACAUAUUUUGAGUUGUCAACAAGAGCAUAGGAAGAGCUUAAGUGUUUGUUUACAUUUAAUUUCGUUCCUUGUUUAUGGUAUAUAUUGUUUACAGGACACGCCUUUGUGUAGUUAUGGAAGAUGGGGGAAAUAAAUUCUUUCAAAAGAUACCGUAUUAUUGAUCUGACGGGGAUAUAAAAUACCCUAGCGCAUCAGGGGGCUCUACAUAUUUUUUUAAACAACCGUUAAUUUGCGACAUUUUGACUGCUUUUUUUGACAAUAGGAUCAACUCUACUGCCUACUAACCGCGAUUUUCAAUAAACGAUCUUAAAUUUUCGAUCUAUAAAUGGACCAAUCAGAAUGAAGAUUUUUGGACAUACUUACAAAUUACUUAUUUUGAUUGGUUCGUUCUUGGAAUCGGCUUGAAGAUUGAGAUUGGGAUCAUUUAUUAAAAACGGAUGUAAAGGGUAGUGAACAAGUUAUUUUACGGUAUCUUUUGGAAGUAUUUAAUGAUGUAAACUAUUUUGGUUUUAAAAUGAACAUUGUUAGUCAUUUUAAAAUAUGCGUUGUUACAUACUAUCUAUGUAUUUGUAAAUAUUUGGAUGGAAUGUAUAGAAAUAGAGAUUUUAACUGUA